AUGUUUCGAAUUUUAAGUAAACGUUCCGUCAGUAGUUUCCCAAAAACCUCUGUUCUCAAAACAAGACAGUACAGUGCCCCUGUUCGAUAUACAAAUAAAGCAUCCAAGCAGAACGCAUUGGCUACUGCAAAACCAUGGAGUGAACUAUCUACUCCUCAAAAAGGUAUUUAUGCUUACUUGAGUGAAAUAUUAUUAACCUUUUCAUCCUCAGUUGUGGUUGCUUCAAAGACAACGUUUAAUGUUGGCAUUAUUCUGACAGGAUUUGCACUGACAUCAGCUAUUGUAUAUUAUAUUGGUUCUGAAUUAUUUGGAUCACAAAGUACAACCAGCAUCUUUUCUGAUGCUGUCGACCGAGUUAAAGCCAAUGAGGAGAUCGUUUCAAUCUUGGGAGAGCCUAUUAAAGCACAUGGAGAGCCUAGUAGAAACAGUCGUAGACGUAACAGAAGAAUAGCAUCACAAGUAGUCGAAGACCAAGAACAUAAACCUCACUUGUUUAUGCGAUUCUAUCUUGAGGGCUCGAUUACCCAAGGAACAGUCAUGCUGGAAAUGAUUAAGGAUGAAAAGGAUAAAUGGCAGUACAGACAGCUCUACGUGGACGUACCAGGACAAGGAUUACCUUCUAGACGAAUUUAUUUAGAGCGUAAAUGA